UAAAGUAUAGGAGUUACGAUCGUCUUAGCGCUACGAUCGCUUUGUGAAGCGGGGACCCUCGUUUCGAAGUUUCUUUGGAACCCUCGCCUUCUGGGCCCCGUUCCACAAAGCCAUCUUAGCGCUAAGGUGAUCGUAAGUCCCAUACUUUAACACUGGCUUACGAUAGUCGUAACGCUAAGAUCGCUUUGGGGAACGGUGCCCAGACACGUGUGAAUAUUAAGGAACCCUUCACACCUCGUUUGGGCGUGUAUUGACAUCAGCAAUCUCUCUGUAAACAACAACCAAAGGUGGAACAGGAAUGAUCUAAUCUCGUCUACCCUGUCAACCAAUGCAGGGAGAAAAACUAUACUGACGGAUACACCCGAUGCGAGCUGUAUAUAUAAUAUGACACAAGCGUACAUUGAAAACAGCUUCACUUGAACGUAUAGCUGUCUGUGUUUCGUGGCGAGUCGGUGUGUUGACAGUCAGGCAACAUGACGCUGGUGUUGGUUUCGACGCUUUUUUCUGUCAUCAUUGCGCUAGCAAUCUGCAACAACGCCCCAGUGUUUCGCAGUGGGAGAUUCAUGAUAGUGCGUGAAGACACCGCGAUAGGGACCGUCAUAGGAAAGCUGACGGCGGUAGAUCCGGAUGGGCCCGAGGACCUUGUGUUGAACAUCACCGACGAUGCUACUGCGGAAUUGGUGAGGCUGGGCCCGAUGACCGACAUGCCGAACCACGGGAAGACCGCCGACAUCAUCCUCAACACUAUACUCGACAGGGACUACGCGUCCCCGACACGGAAACUGGUGUUCGUGGCAACCGACGGGGAAACCUCGACUACAGGGACAGUGACUCUCAACAUCGACGACGUCAACGACAACGCCCCUCAGUUCACGCAGAAGUCGUACGCUGCCAGGAUACCCUCGACCGCCGCUGUAGGCGUCAUCGUCGCCAUUACCACGGCUAUCGACCCCGACAUGUCGUACGGCGGGAUCGUGCAGUACACAAUGAAUACCAAAGAGCUGUUUGCCUAUCAAGCAUUCGACGUGAAUCUCUACACUGGCCUGAUAUCUCUAAAAAUGCCUUUAGUCACACAAAAAGGACGAGAUCUCCAUUUGGUGGUGGUAGCAACAGACGGCGGCGGGCUGCAGUCUGCGGUUAACGUCACGAUCUCCGUCGUAUGACUCCGGCCACCGUCGACAUCGAGCUGUGUGAGGACACGAAACAUCAACCAAAUUAACUGUUUUUAUCAUGAACAAACAUUUCUAUGUAGUCGUCGCGCAUCAACAGAAUGACCUAAUGAUAACAAUAAACCGAAUUGUGAACUAA